UUUACAACCCACAAAUGUCUGUGUUGAAGACAUCACAGUUCCUCUUUCAACCGUGGAAGCGAAGGCAAAAAUACCUACUCAAUAUCUUUGCAUCAUCUCUUUCGCUUCACUCUCACUGAUCAAAUCUUUCUCUAUAAAGAGAAGUAAAACACCAGCAGAUUCAGACCAACCACUCCACACAAACAGACACCUUUUCUUUAACUCCUUACAUUCUACUUUACCUUCUGCUUCGAUCAAGCAUAAUCUUUGCAGGUAGAUUGAAUGUUGUGAACAAUGGGUUCAUUCAAGCCCUUAUGCAAUGUUUCUCUGCUCCAAUUGUUCAUAGUGCUUUGCCUUGUCUUCCCAUGCUUUGCUACUGACCUGAGAACAACUCUAGUAGUAGAUGCUUCUGAUGCAACUGGAAGGCCAAUACCAGACACACUUUUUGGUAUAUUCUUUGAGGAGAUCAAUCAUGCUGGAGCUGGGGGAUUAUGGGCUGAGCUUGUCAGCAACAGAGGAUUUGAAGCUGGGGGCCCUAACAUUCCUUCUAAUAUNUCUUCUCUUACCUAA